CAGAAACCCGGAGCACGUAGCAACAACCGAGCCAAUGUGCUCCACCACGAUCCGUCCUACCGACUGCGGUGCCUGGCAACAGAAAAAGACGUGAUGACGUCCUCUCCAGAUUGCGUAUUAUGGGAUGUGCGGAAUUAAACAACCCGAAGAGGACACGGGGAAGCCAAAAAUAAUAAAAGAGACAGAAAUAAACGAAGUGCAUGGUGAAUCAUGGAGCUCUCGGCUGUUGGUGAGAGCGUCUUCGCAGCUGAGUCUAUAAUUAAACGGCGGAUCAGACGGGGUCGCUGGGAAUAUCUCGUGAAAUGGAAGGGCUGGUCUCACAAGUACAGCACUUGGGAGCCGGAGGAAAACAUUCUGGAUGCACGUCUCUUCGCUGCCUUCGAGGAGAGGGAGCGCGAAAGGGAGCUGUUCGGGCCGAAGAAGAGGGGUCCCAAACCUGAGACAUUUCUCUUAAAGGCCAAAGCAAAAGAAAAGGCGUAUGAAUUUAGAAGAGAGGCUCCCAGGGGGAUCCAGGUUUCCUAUCCCAUCCCGGAGCCUGUCAUAACACCGAGGGCCCGGGAGGGUUUACGCACCGUGGUUCCCACAAUCUUCCCACCGAGCGCGGUCAACAGAGGGGAAAGUGUCCACGUGCGACCACCAGAGCCAGAGAGGAGGCCUAGACCGACUCCAACAGCUUCUCUGACAGUCCAAGAAGCCGUGCGGUUCCCCAAAAAGAGAGGGCGCAAACCCAAGCUGCAGUUACAAUAUGAGAAAGAUAAUGAAGGCAGCUCAGAGCCGGACACCAAAAGGAGCAGGUCACUGGAGGAGCCGGUGUCACACGGUUUGUCCAAAAUGCCCCGACGCUUGUUUCAUCACGGAGAGACGUCAGAUCACAGCCUCCUCCAGCUUACUAGGAGGUUUCAGGAGAAGACCACAAUAACACCCAAACACAGCGGCGAGCAGAGACACGCAGGGUUGUCUUACAGCUGCGCAUUCAGUCCAGAUGUGCUGAAACGUGAUCAGGGGGGAGACAGGACUAAAUGUUUGAGCAGGAUGUCUAUUCCUCGGCCAAACACCUCUGCAGAACACCGCAGACAUCAGAUGAAAGAGUGCUGUCUGCCCCGGGAACAACCGGCUGUCUCCACACAGUCCGAGUCCAUCCACGAUAAGUCCACGCGACCAGCAUCGUCCUGGACCCCCAGUUACACCAACCUGGACACAGUGACCGUGACAGAUGUCACCAUGAACUUCUUGACAGUAACCGUGAGAGAGAGCAAAACAGAGAAAGGUUUUUUCAGAGAGAAAAGAUGAGUAUGCUUCGGAGAAAGGUCAAGAGGCUAAUAUGCGUAAAUAUUUGUUUAAGAAGCUAACUAACAAGCUACUGUAAUACUAUAUUUUUUUCUAUACUUUCAAACGUGUGCAUACAGAUAUUUAAUAUGCUGAAAAUAAAAAAAAAUGAAAGUGA